AUGGCUCCCUCUGUCCUGAAGCUCCCAUUCUCCAAUAGCACGGUCCGGGUGAGGUUGAUAGACACCACUGCAGUCCUGACCGUAAGGGCGGAAUCAUUCAUCGAGCCAGCCCAGAAGGGACAAGAGACCAUGAACAUGACCUGCGCCGCGUUCCUUAUAGAACAUGAACCAUCUGGGAAGAAAAUCAUGUUUGACCUCGGCGUUCGCAAAGACUACUGGAAUCUCGCGGCGAUGAUCCAGGAACGCCUUGGAAAGGUGAUCCCGAGUCUGCGGGUUGAUAGGGAUACGAGUGAGAUUCUCGUCGAGAAAGGCAUCAGUCUAGAAUCGAUAUCUUCUGUCAUAUGGUCGCAUUACCAUUGGGAUCACACAGGCAACAUGUCCUUAUUCCCAUCAUCAACCGAACUUGUGGUCGGACCCGGCUUCAAGGACUCGCCAGCCCUGCUCCCAGGCUUCCCAGAACACCCAGACUCGCCUGUCUGCAGUUCAGACUUCAGGGGCCGUCAACUUAGAGAGAUCGACUUCAAGUCCAACCUUCGGAUCGACGGGUUUGCCGCCUACGACUUCUUUGGUGAUGGAUCGUUCUACCUGCUUGACACUCCAGGACACUGUCUAGGGCAUAUGUGCGGGCUUGCGCGGACGACUGCUGGCGACGACAGCACUUUUCUGCUGCUAGGAGGAGAUAUCUGCCAUUUUGUAGGAGACCUUCGGCCGAAUCCAACAUAUCUGAUGCCCGACCAUAUUCCCGCCGAAGUUCUGGACGCCGAUCCUGCCUAUUUUCCAAGUCCUUGCCCUUGCACCUUAUUCACGGACCACCACCCGCUUCUCCCGCACGGGGCCGAUCUUGAUGAAAAGAAGAAGACACCCUUCUUCAGAGUCUCCGCUCAUGAGAAGUCCGCUUAUGUCGACCCACCUAUUGCCCAGGAGUCGGUGGACAAGUUGUUGGCUUUUGAAAGCUCUCCCCAAGUCCUUGUCUGUCUGGCACAUGACAAAACACUUCACAAACACCUACCCACCCUCAAUGAAGACCCAGAAUUGACUCUAAACGAUUGGCAGGAGAGAGGGUGGAAAGAGAAGUGUAGGUGGGACUGGCUGAACGAACUACCGAGGAAUGGGAAACCAGGGCGGAAGCCAGUCGUGGAAGGCUUCUGGCGGGAUGGAAAGCCGUGGGAUAGAUCUAAGGUGGAAUAG